CUUUUUCCCUCCUCGAGGAACACAGCCAAAUUGAACCCAAUUAAAGAGGAUAAUCACUUAAAUCGUGCAACAGAAGUCAUGACGCUAUCUUCGCAACCGGUAAUAAGUGACAUUCACACACUCCCUCAAAAAAGUGCCACUGCCAUCAUCGAGUGCAUCACGCGUCUUGAAAAGCGCACUUUCCCGCCCUCAGAAGCAUUCGAAUUUACCAUGGACCUAUGGAAGAAAAAGCCCAACACGCGAGUGAUAUACGUGAAGUUUACAGAGACGGCCUCUUCAGUAUCUUCGAAAACCAAACUAGCAGAUAAAGUCACUAGUAAUAGUGCUACGAAUGUGAUCGGCUACGCAGUGUACGUGCGUAUGAAAGGCACUGCACUGCUGCAUAAAGUCUGCAUCGCGGAACCGUACCGUGGGCAGGGAGUCGGCAGGCAGUUGAUGGCGUAUAUCGAGCAAAGAUUACGGCGGGAAGGGUGUCAAGCUGUGCAGCUGUGGGUUGACAAGGACAGGGCGGCUGCGAGGAGGCUGUACGCGCGAUGUGGGUUUGAGGAGCAGGAGACGGUAGAGAAUUACUACGGGAAUGGGAGGACGGGGAUUAAGAUGGCCCUGGAGCUCGAAAGCCGCUGAAAUCCUUGCUUUUCUGAGAGUCGUCGUCGAGAAAACGAGCUUUGCCAGCUUUGUCUGGUUCUUUAACAUGGGAUAACGGUCGGCAAAUUGCGCGCUCAUUGUCAUUGAAAAACCAGGGCCGCUAAGAACCUGGGAUAAGAAAGACUGACACUGCAAUCCUUCGUGCAGCAAAUCACCAGGAACCAUUGGACAAUAAGACUUCACAUGAUUGGAAUGAUGUCUUCAGUGAUGGUGGUUUAUCCUAUGAAGUAAAGGAUCCGUCUAGACAUCUCAAAAGCCACCAGCAGGGUGAAGCAGCAUCAUCUCUUCAGGAGGAACAAGGGGACACCCAAUGACCAAUCAGGGUCGGUUUAAUCAAUUGAAGCCUGCUUCUAUCAUGUGCAAAAGGGAGACUUUGUUCGGCACCCUUUAGAUUAAUGUAUACAAUGUACUCUGUAUUUCACAAAG